CUUUUAUAUAAGUGUUAGAUAAAGUUUUGCCCGCGCUCAAACUGAACAAAGACCUUGGAUCUAUUCGUUAGGUCGUUUACUACCUGUCUCAGGGUAGGGUGUUAUUCCGUACUUUACGUCAUUCCCCAUCAUUUCGAACUAUGUUUAAAUUCUCAUUAGAAUUGCUUCUAUCUUAAUCUGAAUGAUUUCUGUUGCUGUUUUGUGGGAAUCGUAACGUCUUGAUUCUAUAUAUGUUGGUGAUGGAUCCUUAAUUAACUUUUCCCAAUUUAUGUUAGCCUGAGUAACUCUACGGUACUACCUCUUUAUGUUCACUGUUUUUAAGGGCAUAACAAACCAUGUAAAUCGGCUCUUUUUAUUCUGCUUUUUCCACAAAAGCACUAGUGCUUACGUAACAGGCUUAUGUAUCGCGUUUGUUGUUGCAAAUUCUGGCAAGGUCGUGGAUUUUUUUUGGUAUAUUGUUACUGUCAUCAACAAAAUACCUAAAGACUCCCCAAAUGCUCCAAAUACCGUCGAUUAAUCGAAAUUCGUCAGUUAAAACAUCACUUUCAACGAUCAACGUUUUAAAACACAUUGUCGAAUCAGGAGAUUGGUGUGAUCUAAAAAGUUUGAUUGAUUUGAUUAUAAGAAAGUUACAUGAUCUCUGCAAAUACUCAGAUGACAACACCGUAGUCCUCAAUACAACUUUGAGGGUUCUAAAAGCUUUUCGUGAGGAGGCACUCAAGUUCCAAAUGGGGGAAAAUGCAGACUUUGAGGAGAAUUUAACAAAUCGCCUUUUUGCUGUAGGAAAUGAAGCUUAUGAAACAGUUUCUCGUAAUGAUAUUUUAGAGCCUAUCGUUAGUACACUGGAUGAUUUGGCACUUGAGGUAAAAUCUUGUCUAACAAGUUUGGGUGACUUAUCUCUGGAUUUUAUCCAUUCCGAUGAACUCAUCAUGACUUCAGGGUAUUCCAAGGCAGUACACCAUUUUCUUCGUCACGCAGCGAAAAGAGGGAGAAAUUUCAAAGUUAUAGUCUGUGAAUGUUAUCCUGACAACUUGGGACAUAAAAUAGCUGAAGAACUAUCAAAGGAUGGUGUCGAUGUCAUUCUGGUCCCUGAUAGCCAUGUUUUCGGCUUGAUGUCGCGAAUAAAUAAAGUAAUUGUUAGCUGCCAGGCUGUGUAUCCUGAUGGAACGUUAAAAGCUAGGGUGGGGACUUAUGGCGUUAUGCUUGCAGCCAAAAGUUUUUCGAUUCCGAUCUACGUUUGUUUGCUGCAUCACAAACUCUCUCCUAUUCCAUUCAAGCACUCUUCUCGAUCAACACCAUCAUUCUCUGUACAGCCUACUGCUAAUCCCAGUGAUAGUUCGCCAGAUUGGCUGGAUAGCCCAUCAGUUAUUUUACCGCCAAAUGAGCCUAAACUAAUUAACGAAGGGUUAGUUUAUCAUCAACCUAGCGAAGGUCCGGUUGUUUGGGUUCCAAAAUGGGAAAUUAUACCUUCGGGUCUUGUCAGUUUAUUUUUGACAAAUCUUGGCACUCAUGCCCCAUCAUAUUUAUAUGCUCUUGGACGAGAAUUGUUCCACUCUGCAGAUAUUAAGACAAUCAUGAUAUGGGACCAAUAACUCAUAUGAUUUGUGUACAAUAUUUUUAAAAGUAUUUUUUUGGUUAGGAAGUUUUUAUUUAUUCAGUAAGUGGCUUCAUAUAAUGAUAAGAUUUAAUAAUACCCACUCACUUAAAAAAUAAACUCCGAGAAGUUUGAUUAUUGAUGUGUGUAUAGACGACUUAUAAUCAUUUUGACUUGUGUACCUAUUGUAUUUUUCACCACGCGUUCAGUGUUAAUGUAUAGCUGUCAUAUAUGUAAGUUACUACAAAGUGAUCACGAUUAGUUGUCGAAUAAAAAGCAGAAACCUUAUCAACUUUUGAGUACUUAUCCACGAACGUCUUUGUACCUCUAUCAGGCGUGAAAAGUAUAUAAUAGUCUGAGAUAUUA